AUGGCCGACGACGCGCUGUCAGGCAUCACCCGCGUCCCAGACCACAAUCACAUCACAGUAGCCAUUGACCCCGUGGCUCUGGUGGUGACGGAAUGCAUCACCGUGACCUCCGCCAUGCGCAAGCAUGCCCGCUGGGCUCACUCUUCCAUCUCCUCCAUCCUGGGCUCCUCCAGUAGUACCGGCUACCGCACCCCUCCCUCCCAUUCCACCCGCGACGGCACAGGCUCCACCAACCACGACCGAAAUCGCGCUAGCAGCAAGAUCGACCUCAUAGAAGACGACGGGAGCUUGACUUCAAGAUGGGGCUUACGGGGGAAGAAGGGACAGAGCAUGCAGGACAACCCUCUCAUGAGCGGCUUCGCGAGACUACGCUCGGAUCUGAAGCACUGCAAGGACAUCCAGAGCUUCGGUACACCCGGCAUCCUCCAGCCUUUCCUGCAAGUGAUCAGGAGCUCAAGCACUACGGCUCCUAUCACGAGUCUGGCGCUCAUCGCCAUCACCAAGAUGUUGGCCUACAAUAUUGUGAACUCAGAGAGCCCCGGAUACGCGCAUGGGAUGCAAAUGCUCGCUUCGACGGUUACCAACUGUAGAUUCGAAGGAGACAACAGUCCCAGCGACGAGGUGGUCUUUCUGCGCAUACUGAAGCUCAUGGAAGAUAUGAUAUGCGGACAACCGGGGUCGGUAUUGGGCGAUAAGAGCGUCUGUGAGAUGAUGACUUGCGCUUUGUCCAUCUGCUGUCAUUUGCGCAUGAGCGAGGUUCUGAGAAGGAGCGCGGAGAUCAGUAUGGUGACCAUGUGUCAGACAAUCUUCGCGAGACUGAAGACGCUGGAAACGGAAUUUGAGGGCGAGGAUGUUGCGGGUAUGGAUGACGAAGUCAAUCAGGAAGACAUGGAUGCUGCAAAGAUUGAUAGCGCGCCGAAUGGCGAGUCAGGGCCUGAUGCAAUGAAACAGGUGCGGCAGUCAAGUCUGGAGGUCCCUGGGGUGACAAAUGGAACGCUUGGCAGGCCUUCGGAGGAUGUCAACGGGAGUCAGAUGGACCUGGCGAACGCUGAGCAAGAUGAAGUAGAAGAGAUCCGGCCUUAUGGACUACCAUCUAUCCGGGAACUGUUCAGGGUGCUAGCCGAUCUGCUCGAUCCCCACGACCGCCAACGGACGGAUACUCUGAGGGUGAUGGCUCUGAGAAUCGUCAAUGUGGCAUUGGAAGUGGCAGGACCCAGCAUUGCAAACCACCCAAGUCUGGCGUCGUUAGCGAAGGACACGCUCUGUCGGAAUCUCUUUCAGCUUGUGCGCUCAGAGAACGUAGCGAUUCUUCAUGAGUCGCUAAGGGUCGCUGGUACACUUCUUGCGACUUGUCGAAGCGUACUGAAGCUGCAGCAGGAGCUCUUCCUCUCAUACAUUGUCGCAUGUCUACAUCCUCGAGUACCUAUACCGGAAGAGCCCCAUAUCGAUCCAUCGCUGUACCAGGGAGUGCCCACAACGCCCGGCUUGGUACGGCCGCAGCAGCAGCCACAAGUGGGAACGCCUGGUAGUGGUCGGUCCACUCCCGUACCUGUUCGUGAUCGGCAGAAACUGGGCAUGGAAGGUGGUUCAAGAAAGCCUGAUGCAAGAGAAGCGAUGGUCGAGAAUAUCGGCGGUCUGGUGCGGAUACCAAGCUUCAUGGUCGAGCUGUUUGUCAAUUACGACUGCGAGAUCGACAGGAGUGAUCUUUGCGCGGAUCUAGUUGGGCUCUUGUCCAGGAACGCCUUCCCGGAUUCUGCGACUUGGAGUACGACGAACGUGCCACCCCUUUGUCUGGACUCUCUGCUGGGAUUUGUUCAAUUCAUAGCUGAACGCCUGGAUGAUGAGCCCGCAACAGAAGGUUUGCCGGACAAGAAGGCGCUGCAAGAGCAGAGGCGGCGGAAGAAGGUGAUUAUCCGUGGAGCUACAAAGUUCAACGAGAGCCCUAAGGGCGGCAUUGCGUUCCUCGCAGCUCAAGGGAUUAUCGAUGACCCAAAUGACCCGCACUCUGUCACAAGCUUCCUCAAAGGUACGACACGUAUCGAUAAGAAGGUGUUGGGAGAGUUCAUCUCCAAGAAGUCCAACGAAGCAAUCCUCGAUGCCUUCAUGGACUUGUUCGAUUUCAAGAACAUGCGCGUGGAUGAAGCGUUGAGAGAACUUCUCAACAGCUUCCGACUUCCUGGCGAGUCCGCGUUGAUCGAGCGCAUUGUGACAGUCUUCAGCGCGAAGUACUUUAACGCUGCCAAGCCAGAACAAGUCAUAGAUGAGGACGCCGUGUUCGUCUUGACUUAUGCCAUCAUCAUGCUGAAUACGGAUCUAUACAAUCCAAAUGUGAAGUCACAGAACCGAAUGAAGUUCGAAGACUUCGCACGCAAUCUGCGAGGAGUCAAUGGUGGCAAGAACUUUGAUCAAGAAUACCUUCAAGAGAUCUACGAUGCGAUCAAGUCCCACGAGAUUGUCCUUCCCGAGGAGCAUGAUAAUAAGCACGCGUUUGAACAUGCUUGGAAAGAGCUGCUCGUCAAGACGCACACGGCGGAGAAUCUUAUCAUCUGCGAGACCAAUUUGUACGAUGCCGAUAUGUUUGCGGCGACAUGGCGCCCUAUCAUUGCGACUUUGAACUAUGUCUUCGUAUCCGCGACCGAAGAUGCAGUGUUCCAACGUGUGAUCGCAGGCUACGGUCAAUGCGCGCAGAUUGCAGCUCGCCACGGGAAUUCGGAAUGCCUCGACCAUGUCAUUCUGAGCCUGGCAAAGAUUUCGAGCUUAGCGACGGAGACACCACCCAGCACCAGCUUGAAUACCGAAGUGCAGGCCAGCGGAAAGAGCAUCAUGGUCAGCAAGUUUGCUGUGGACUUCGGGAGAGACAACAAGGCCGAGCUGGCGACGCUCGUGCUGUUCCGGAUCAUCAACGGUGCUGAGGGCGCUAUCCGGGAUGGUUGGACACAGGUGAGUAGCAAUGCCCUAAUGUUGUGCAGGCUGCGCGUGUGCGUGCAUAUGGCCGGUUGGCGUAUGAAGGACAAUGGCGUGGCAUUGUUGUCUCGGACUCUUGACAGACUGUGAAGCUGAGACAUACGAACGUGCCACGCACCGCCAGUCCACAGCCGCGCAUCUCCGGAUCUUUGUGCACGUAACAUUGUGUGGUCGUAUGCUGACGCGUGUUUCGCAGAUUGUUCGCAUCAUUGUCAAUCUAUUCGUCAAUUCGCUCGUGCCGACGUCCUUCACGUCCAUCUCUCGGGAUCUUGAUCUGCCGCCGAUACCUCUGCAGUCGCCGGCGCAAGUCAUCGAACGAAGUGACAAGUCUGCCGACGUGGGCCUGUUCAGUGCCUUCACAAGCUACGUCAGCAGUGUGAUGAACGACGAACCACCGGAGCCAAACGAUCAGGAGAUUGAGGCCACAUUAUGCACUGUCGACUGCAUCAACGAAUGUCACUUUGAACAGAUUCUCGGCAAUGUUAGCGAGCUGCCCGUGGAGUCGUUGAGAUCACUGACAGUGUCGCUUCUAUCUCACCUUCCCGAACAGGAUUCUCCAAGAGUCAUCGCCGUCAAGCCCGAGCUGCCGGCACCUACGCCCGUCCGUGCCAACGGUACCAAGUCGUCCUCGGAAUCGCCCGUAUACAAUCCCGCUGUUGUGUACGUUCUGGAAUUAGCAACCAUCCUCGCUCUGCGAGACGAGGAGACGAUCACGAGCCUAGGUGCAGACGUCGCCCAGGCCUUACAGACGGUCAUUCGAGAUGCGGAACGCUUGCAUCCCGUGGCGCUGAGCCGAUGCGUUUUCUACUUGCUCAGUCUUUUACGAGCUAGCAACGACCAUGGCUACAUACGCGCGCCGGUGGUGUUGCACAGCAUCUCGUCUUUCCGGCAAGAUAUCUUGAAACAGUGCGCACAGCCCAUCUUGAAAGGGCUGUAUGGAUGCAUUGGCGGCCCCGCGGAGCUGAAGAAUGAAAUGGCUGCGAGCCCGGACUUUUGGAAUGUCUUGCAUCUGCUCCUGCAGCCUGCGAGCGACGUGCAGGGUGCAGAUGCGGCGAGUCUUGUUUUCCAGAUUGCGGAGCAUGUUGCUGCAGAGGGACAGAACCCUGCUAUCACCCCAGAUAAUUACGAGUUCUGUGUCGAUCUGUUGAACUCGUUCGCUACGGCCGGCAGUGUUGGUGCUCGAUUGGAGCAGAAGAGAGAAAAGGCCCAUGCCCAGUCGAGACGUGGCGGGAGUGGACAGCAAUCCAAAGAAUCCCAGUCGAAGGAAGCCACACCGGAAAAGAAACAGCAGAAAAAGGACCCGGCUGUUGUACGGGGUACGCGCGCGAUCGCUCUGAUCUCGCAGCUUGCAGGUCGCGUUCCUUCACUUAUCAAGCAAUCUCAUCUGGAAACCGAUCAGGCCUGGCGCACUUACUGGUCCCCUAUCUUCCGCUGUCUGGCAACGCAAUGCGUCAAUCCGUGCCGGGAAAUCCGCCACCAAGCCUUCACUGCGCUGCAACGCUGUCUGUUGUCCCCGGCUCUCGCACCGCCGGACCAUGCGCAAUGGAAUCAAAUUUUCAACGAAGUGCUCUUCCCUCUCCUCAACAACCUCCUGCGGCCCGAGGUAUACCAGACGGAUCCCAUUGGGAUGUCGGAGACACGAGUCCAAGCGGCUCAGCUGCUCUGUAAGAUUUUCCUUUUGUACCUGAGCGAAUGGGAAGGGAUGGUAGAGCUGUGGGGCAAGAUCUUGGGGUUCAUGGAGAGAAUGAUGAACACCACUGGAGGUAUCGGGACGAGCGAUUUACUUGUCGAGGCAGUGCCCGAGAGUCUGAAGAAUAUCCUUCUGGUGAUGAGUGGGGAUGGAUAUCUCGUACCAUCGCCUACGGGCGGAAAGGCAGAUGAGAGAGGGGAGUUGCAGAGGGGGUUAUGGGAGGAGACGGAGGAGAGAUUGGGACGAUUUCUGCCGGAGUUGAUGGUCGAGGUCUUCCCUCCGACGGCUGCAGAGGAAGCUGCUCCUCCUCCUCCUCCUCCUCCUCCUCCUAAAGCCGAGGCGAAGGCCGAACAGGAGGAACAGGAACAGGAAGAGGAGGAAGGAGCAAAGGAAGCUGAUGCUGCUUAG